AUGCUGCUGUUCAGCCGGCAGGGAAAGCUGCGGUUACAGAAAUGGUAUGUCCCUCUCUCUGACAAGGAGAGAAAGAAGAUUUCCAGAGACCUCGUUCAGACCAUAUUGGCCCGGAAACCCAAGAUGUGCAGCUUCUUGGAAUAUGCCAGUCUCUACUUCUGCUGCGCCGUGGAGGAUCAAGACAACGAGCUGAUCACUCUGGAGAUCAUCCAUAGAUACGUGGAACUGCUGGACAAGUAUUUUGGCAGCGUGUGUGAGCUGGAUAUUAUCUUCAACUUUGAGAAGGCCUACUUUAUCCUGGAUGAGUUCCUGCUGGGUGGAGAGGCCCAGGAAACAUCCAAGAAGAACGUUCUGAAGGCCAUUGAGCAGGCCGACCUGCUGCAGGAGGUGAGACCCGUUCCUCAGCUGCAUGUAGCCCGCAUCACAGUCCAGCCCGCUUUUGUCUCGUGCGUGCCCUUUGUUUUGAGCUGA